AUGGGAUUCGGCCAAAGAUGGAGGAAUUGGGUGAAGGAGUGUGUCAGUACGGCCACUAUGUCGGUCUUGGUGAAUGGGUCCCCAUCAAAGUCGUUCAAAAUGGAGAGGGGCCUAAGACAAGGAGAUCCUCUCUCACCUCUUCUGUUUGUGCUUGUGGUCGAUGUUUUACAUAAGAUGUUGGGAGAAGCUGUUAGGAAUGGGUGCAUUGCUCCGCUGCUGGUCGAGAGAGAUCGUAUUGAACUGUCGCAUUUCCGAUUUGUAGAUGAUACUAUUUUGUUUUGUCCUCUGGAGACAGAGACAAUUGAGUGGGUAGAUCACGUGUGUGACCUUCUGGGGUGCAAGCAAGUUGUCUUACCUAUUAGAUACCUCGGGAUUUCUUUAGGAGCAAAUCUGCGCUUGGUGAAGACUUGGAAACUGAUCAUAGAUAAGAUGCCAAAGGCGGUAGCUGACAAAUUGAUUGCAUUACAGAAGAGAUUUAUGUUGUGUAAGGAGGACGCUAACUAUGGUAUACCUCUUGUUAAGUGGGAGGUGGUUCAGGCACUAAAAAAGGCUGGGGGUUUGAGAGUCGGGGAUGCAGUACUCAUGAAGACAGCUCUUCUGUUAAAGUGGUGGUGGCGGUUUUCAAAGGAACAGUGUCCGUUGUGGAAGAAGAUUGUUUUCUCUUGUAACAAUUUGAACCCUAAUGUGAUGCUAGCGAAUUAG